UCAUUCCGUCGAAGUCUUUGAGCUGCCUAGUUGUCUCGGAUAUGACGCUCUCCGUACGUAACUGGCCUUGUCCUUUGGUUUUCUUCACGCUCAUCUUCAUCUCAACUGUUGGCUACAACCAGUGUUGUGGAACACUACACGAAAACAAUACGGACCAGAUGUGGACUAACACUGCUCUGGCUAACACUACAAGAGUUCGAUUGUCAAGCAGCAUGUGGAACAAAUCCAAUUUGCAAAAGCAACGUGGAGAUGUCCAGAAUAAAAUGCAUGCGUGGAGCGAGUGGAAUGGCAACGACAACAGCUUCAAAAAUUAUACGAUGUGGAUGAAAACAAGAAAAGCUGGACAUGGCAAACUGUCAGGCAAGCCAAUUCCUGAAUUUCAACCAGGCAGCGAAGCAACCCUGUGGAAGUGACUGCGAAGCAACCCUGUGGAAGUGAUUGCGAGAAUAACCGAAGAGUUACCGACAUAUCAUCAUGAUCGAUGCAUUGACUUUAAACGACAAAUUGUUUUAGAAAUUUUAGCUUGUAAAUUUGCAGACUUAGAAUUUCUGCAGAACAUGACGCCAUCUAUUGUCAUGGUACGUAGAAAUGUGAUUGAGCGCAGUUAGAGUAUGUAUGCAUGAUUUUCAAAACUGAUCCAAUAACAACAUUUGAAUGAG